GUAUAUCCCGCUAUCCGCGCCCGCUAAAAACAAUCGGUUCAGGGUAGGCAACGCCAAGUAGGCAAGGAGACCGGUGCCACAGUUAACGGAUCAUAGCCGGAAGCCCGGGAAAUGAAUAUGAAAGAGUCCGUACUUUUUCUCACCCACUAUCCGAAGCUUCCUCCCCUUCACUCUCUUUUUCCUUAACAUUCCUCUAUCUAUACAAACUGCACACAUAUGGCUUCAAUUUUUUUUUUUUGCCUCCCUGUUUUCGCGCACGGGCAAGAAAUGCGAAAAUUUACCUCCAAAGUUGGGGGAAAACCCGUCUUCACAAUCUGCCACUGCUUCACGCCAAUAUCUUCUUUUCCUCCUCUCACAAAUGUGUCGUUUCUGAUUUUACAAGAUUUCUAAUGGCUGAAGGUGGAAUUUGAAGGUGCACGUGUCAUUGCUAAAAGUCAGUGUAUUUAGACAAUGUCAGGCUCUGUGAAAGCAUUGGAACCAGCAUUUCAGGGAGCAGGCCAAAGAGUAGGUACUGAGAUUUGGAGAAUUGAAAAUUUUCAGCCAGUUCCUUUGCCAAAAUCUGAUUAUGGUAAAUUCUACUCAGGCGACUCUUACAUCGUCUUGCAGACAACUUCCGGUAAGGGAGUCACUUAUUUGUUUGAUAUACACUUUUGGCUGGGAAAAGAUACUAGCCAGGAUGAAGCUGGAACAGCUGCAAUUAAAACUGUAGAACUUGAUACAAUGCUUGGAGGACGAGCAGUGCAACACAGAGAAAUUCAAGGUCAUGAAUCUGAUAUGUUCUUAUCCUACUUCAAACCAUGCCUUAUACCAUUAGAAGGGGGUGUUGCAUCUGGAUUUAAGACACUAGAAGAGGGAGAAUUUGAAACAUGCUUAUAUGUGUGCAAGGGAAAAAGAGUUGUCAGGAUGAAGCAGGUUCCGUUCUCUCGUUCCUCACUAAAUCAUGAUGAUGUCUUCAUUCUGGAUACAAAAGAGAAGAUAUAUCAGUUCAAUGGUGCAAACUCCAACAUUCAGGAAAGGGCCAAAGCAUUAGAAGUAGUCCAGUUUUUGAAGGACACUCAUCACAGUGGAGUUUUUAUGGUUGCCAUUGUAGAAGAUGGAAAUCAAGCUGAACCCGACUCUGGUGAAUUCUGGGAGCAUUUUGGUGGGUUUGCUCCAAUUUGUAGGAAAGUUGCUGGUGAAGAAGAUAUUAUUCCAGAGAAAACUCCUCCUAAACUCUUCUGCAUUGCAGAUGGUCAACUCAAUCCCGUGGAUGGCGAACUUUCCAAAUCUAUUUUGGAAAGUACCAAAUGCUAUUUAUUGGAUUGUGGCGUGGAGAUAUUUGUUUGGGUUGGGCGUGUUACUCAACUGGAUGAGAGAAAAGUUGCCACUCAAGCUGCAGAGGAAUUCUUUGUCAGUCAAAAUAGACCCAAAUCAACCAAAUUUACUCGGCUCAUUCAAGGUCAUGAGACACAUUCAUUUAAGUUUGAAUUUGAUUCUUGGUCGUCUGAAUCAACAUCUGCACCUGAGGAAGGAAGAGGAAAAGUUGCAGCUUUCCUAAAGCAACAAGGUGGUGGCAUCAAAGCUUCAAGCAAAAGUGCACCUACAAAGGAGGAAGUUCCCCCUCUACUUGAUGGAGGUGGGAAAAUAGAGGUUUGGUGCAUCAAUGAAAAUGGAAAGACUCCAGUUUCCGAAGAAGAUGUUGGUAAAUUUUACAGUGGAGAUUGCUUUAUAGUUCUAUACUCCUAUCACUCUCAUGAUAAGAAAGAAGAUUAUUACCUUUGCUGGUGGAUCGGGAAGGAUAGUGUUGAGGAGGACCGGAUAAUGGCAGCUGAAAUGGUCACGAAAAUGUUCAAAUCACUAAAAGGGAGACCCGUUAUGGGUCGGAUAUUUCAAGGGAAAGAGCCACCCCAAUUUGUUGCCAUAUUCCAGCCCAUGGUGGUCCUUAAGGGUGGAUUAAGCUCUGGAUACAAGAAUUACAUUGCAGACAAAGGUUUAAAUGAUGAAACUUAUACUGCUCAUUCAGUUUCUCUUGUCCGGAUAUCAGGAACAUCUGUCCAUAAUAAUAAAGCUGUUGAAGUUGAUGCAAUGGCAACGUCACUCAACUCUAAUGAAUGCUUUCUUCUUCAAUCUGGCUCAAUGUUCAUUUGGCACGGAAUUCACAGUACUUAUGAGCAGCAACAACUAGCUGCAAAGAUUGCUGAAUUCUUGAAGCCAGGGGUGUCAGUGAAACACACUAAAGAAGGAGCUGAGAUAUCAGCUUUCUGGUCUGCUCUUGGUGGUAAAGAAAGCUACACUAGCAAGAAGGCACCUCCAGAGGUUACGUUCCGUGAUCCCCACAUGUUCACAUAUUCCAUCAACAGAGGUAAAUUUGAGGUCAGGGAAGUGUACAACUUUUCUCAAGACGAUCUUUUAACUGAGGAUGUCUUGAUACUGGACACACAUGCUGAAGUCUUUAUUUGGAUUGGUCAGUUGGCUGACUCCAAUGAGAAGCAAACUGCUUUUGAAAUUGGGCAGAAAUACAUUGGGAUGGCCUCAUCUUUGGAAGGACUGUCCCCUAAUGUUCCACUGUAUAAAGUCACAGAGGGAAAUGAACCAUGCUUCUUCACCACAUUCUUUUCUUGGGAUCCUGCAAAAGCUUUUGCACAUGGAAACUCAUUCCAGAAGAAGGUUAUGUUACUCCUCGGUGCAGGUCAUGCUGUGGAGGGAGCAUGCAAUCAAGAUGGGCCAACACAAAGGGCUUCAGCUUUGGCUGCUCUGAACUCUGCAUUUAAUUCGACUUCUUCAUCUAAACCUUCUUCUCCGAGACCAGUAGGGGCAAGUCAGGGAUCACAAAGGGCAGCUGCUAUAGCUGCUUUAUCUUCUGUUCUUACAGCUGAAAAUAAGCAGACACCCAUCAAAAGCUCUUCAGCAGAAUUAAGUCCUACAGCUGGAACAGAAAAUGAAAAGGCUUCUGCCAACAUUGAAGAUUCUGAAGUAUCUCCUGAAGUUAAUGAAGAGGAUGAUGAUGAAGGGAGGCCUGAAAAAGAGCAAGAUGGAGAUGAUAGUGAAAGCAAUCUUCCCAUAUUCAGUUAUGAACAACUAAAGGUCAAAUCUGAAAAUCCCGCAACUGGAAUCGACUAUAAACAGAGAGAGUAUUAUCUGUCCGAUGAGGAAUUCGAGGCAGUCCUAGAAAUGCCAAAGGAAGCCUUCUACAAGUUGCCAAAAUGGAAACAAGAUCAGCUUAAGAAGAGAGUUGAUCUCUUUUAGGAACCAAGAGUUAAAGCCAUUAGCUUCCUCCACUUGAUCAUUUACACAGCUGACAUGGGUUAUUAUAUUACCAUAAUUGAACAACCUCUUUUAUAUGUCCAUUAUACAAGUAUUUCUUUUGAUAUUUGAAAUACUUCUUUUCUUUUUCUUUCAAUGUUUUGAAAUGCCGUCUUGUAGAGCUGCUGUGUAUUACAUGAUGGUAUGAAGAUUGUAGUUGCUUUGGAUGGAGUGUCCAGAUGUGUUAGUAAUGGAAGCGAUAGAAAAGUGUAACAUACACAACCAUGAUUUCAUGAGGCCGAAUUAGUCUUCAACUUCCUUGGGGUAAAGAUAUUGGGUCCAGUUUCAUUAGUCGGCAAUUCGGCAUUAGUCUCAUUCUUCUUUUUCUUCCUGGAGGCAAAGCUACCAGGAACAAUAUAAUGAGGCAAGAUAUGUGGAUUACAAUUGGAGGGAGGAAGAUGAGACACUCAAAAGAUCGAAACCUUCAGAGCAAUUUGUGAAUUUUUCUUCUACGAUUUCUUGUUUUGAUUAUUUGUUGUAUGUGUCACAUGUAAAAAGAUCAUUUACACAAUUGAAUUGGUAGAUUUUCACAGCAAAUAAAUACGGAGUAAUAUAUUUAAAUCAUUUU